AUGGAUUUCAUCUUAAUAUUACAUGAAACUCUAGUUGAACAAACAACAACAACAAUAUUAAUAAAUAAUAAUCAUGAAGAAGAAGAAGUAUAUACAACAAUAAAUAACAAUAAUAAUAAUACAACAACAACAAUAAGUGAUAAUGAACAACAACAACAACAACCACAACAAUCAAUAAAUAGAAAUACUUGGUCACGUACAAGUUUAAGACGUUCACCAAUACAUAAUAAUAAUAAUAAUAAUGGAGGAGGAACAGGAUCUGGAUCAAUAAAACGUUGGGGUUCAUUUAGAACAACAAAUAAAAGACAAUUAGGUUCAAAUGCAUUAGCAAGUGAAUUAUAUCGCAGUUCAAGUUUUAAUUGUACAAAUGAUUUAUAUGGUUGUAGUUCAAUGACAACAACAUAUUCAUCAAUGUCUGAUCAAGAUAUUAUUGAUCAUGGUUCAUUAUUAGAAGAUGAUGUAUUAGAUUUAAAUCAUAAAGUUGAACAAUUACAACAACAAGUAAAUAUAUUAACAUCAACAACAAUAGAACAACAACAACAUUUAAAUAAUAAUAAUAAUAAUAUAAAUAAUAAUACAAAUAAUAAUAAUAUAAUUGAUUAUGAUCAAUAUAUUAAAAUAAAAACAGAAAAUGUAACAUUAAAAUUACGUUUAGAUAUAUUAGAAGAACAAUUACAUGAUCAACAAACACAACAACAAUCUAAAUUACAAAAAUUACAAGAGAACGAAUCACGUUUAAAUAAAUUAUAUACACAAUUAAAAUUAGAACGUACACAAUUACAAAAUGAUUUAUAUGAAUUAAAAACAAAUAAUAUUGAAUUACAAACAAAAUUACAAUUAUAUAAAGAAUCACACCAUGAUACAAUUAUUACAACUACGACUUCUAAUGGUAUUAAUUAUUUUAAUAAAUAUCAAGAUUCAUUAUUAACUAUACAAGAAUUACAAGAUGAUUUAUUACAAAUUAAACAACAACAUACUGAUUAUCAAACUAAAUUACAAGAAUUACAAGAAUAUAUACAAAAAUUACAUCAAGAUUUACAACAAGAAAAAUUACAAAAUCAAUAUUUAAAUGAUUUAAAUAUUGAAUUACAAGCAACCAUACAAUUAACUAAUCAUUUAGAAAAAGGACAAAAUUUAUUAAAUAUUAAUAAAACUAUUCAUAAUAAUAAUAUUAAUAAUACUUGUUUAGCUGAUGAAUUCCAACAAAUGUCACAAAUACAAUUACAACAUGCAUUAAAAGAACAACAAGAUGUUAAUAAUGAAUUAAGAGCAUACAUUGAAAACAUUCUAUUGAACAUUGUUGAGAACUCACCACAAUUGUUAGAAGUUAAAAAUAAACAAUUUAACAUCAACAAUCAAAUAUCAUCAACAACAACAACAACAGCAACAACAACAUCUUUAUGAUAGAUAAUAUUGAUUGAUUAAUUAUUAUUUGGAUCAGACUGUUUUAUUUAAACAAUAUUAGUAGUAGAGUGUCAAUUAAAACUACUAAAACGGUAAGUUUGAUUAUAGGUAGGUUGGUAGGUCCUGUGAUGAUGAAUUUAAAAUCAAUUAAAUUGAUUGAUUUAAUUAUUUAACUGCUAAAUAGUUAAUUAAUUGAUAAUAAAUUAAAUUCGAUAGGAGGAGGUUGGUUGAUACUUAACUCAUUAUAAAUACAUACAUACAAUAAUAAUAAUAAUAAUUACAGUAAACCCUUGUGUGUAAUCCAACAUAACUAUAACGGUAAUUACAAUACAAAUUAUAAUAAAAUCUUAUCACUUUGAUAUGUAAUUUGUUUUUUUUUAUUUGGAUUAGAACGUAUUCUUGUUAAAAAUGUCAGGGGCUUUGUUUUUAUAAUCGUAUAAAUUUGAUAAUUUGACAUCACUUUGUAAAACAUUUGUUGGAAUAGCGUAGGUUCAUUGUAAUAAUAAUAUUGUAGAUAUACAGGUAAAGCAAAGUAAGAUACAACGAACAAUAUUAAUAUUCAUUAAUAAUAAUAGAAAAUUAAUAAGUUAUUAUUAAUUAAUUAAUUGUGCUGUGAUGUACACACACUUAUUAUAAUCAGUUAUUUAUUGUAUUAUAUUUUAUAUAUCAGUUCAUAAUAUAAUACUAUGAGUACAAUACAAUAAUUAUAAU